AUGCUGCUUUCUCAUUUCCUUCUGUUGUUUUCGGCAACAAUAACAUCAUGUUCGCCGGUAGAAAUCAACAAAUCGCAGUUCGGUGAACGCCAAAGUAGCAAUACCUCAUCUCCAAUAGUUGACCUCGGAUACAAUGUAUAUCAGGGAUAUUACAACGCAACAUCACAACUCAAUAUUUUCAAAGGAAUUCGAUAUGCAGCACCUCCAACAGGAGUACUGCGUUGGCAAAAACCACAAUCUCCAGCAGUAAACAGAACUUCGACCAUAAAGGCAACUGCCUACCCUCCUCACUGUCCCCAGAGUCCCAACGGUCCUUUGGCCGCAAGUUACAAUUUUACCAGAUCAGGUCUUGGGAAUGAAGAUUGUCUAUUUCUAAGCGUGUGGUCCUCGCCAAAUGCGACAAAUCUUCCGGUGAUGGUUUGGAUUCAUGGCGGAGGCUACGGCACCGGCUCCGGUAACAAUGAUUUUUCGGAAUUAGCCAACACCAACUCCAACGGCUUUAUUCUAGUAGCGAUCCAGUACAGGCUUGGAGCCUUUGGAUUUCUUUCAUCGUCAGAGCUUGUCAGCUCAGGCGGUAUCCCAAACGCCGCUCUUUAUGAUAUGAAUUUCUCACUUCAAUGGGUUCAAACUUACAUUUCCAAAUUCGGAGGAGAUCCAACCCGUGUUACUGUUGCUGGAGAAUCAGCAGGGGGCGGGGCGGUAAUGUUACAAAGCAUGGCUUUUGGUGGAAGUUUAGGGACGAGUUUGUUCAAUAAUGGAAUUGUUGCAAGUCCGUAUUUGCCAAUGCAGUAUGAUUAUGACGGAUUGUUACCAGAGGAGAGUUAUGGAAAGUUCGUGGAGGCUGUGGGCUGUGGAAAGGGUAAUGGGAGUGCUUUUGAUUGUUUAAUCAGUGCGGAUACGAUUGCGUUGCAGAAUGCAAGUGCAUAUAUCUCUGCAAGCGUGAAUUACGGACAAUGGGCUUUCUUACCAGUAACAGAUGGCGAAUUCAUAGUCAAGAGGCCAUCGCAGCAAUUAUUAGCUGGCGAGGUUAAUGGUGUGAGAAUGUUAUCCGGCAACAAUGCUAAUGAAGGCCCUGUAUUCGUCCCACAACACAUCAACACAACCGCUGCUUUCAACACUUACACACAAUCCCUCUUUCCUCUAAUAUCUAACUCAACUUACGAUCGCCUCCUCAAAACCUACUCCAUCCCACCAACGAUCCCAGGUCCUCUCUUCGCAUCAGCAGGUGAUCAUGGUCCCACGGCUCUCAACCAAUCCGUCUACGCGAUCGGUCAACAGCAAAGAGCCAACAAUCUCUAUGCGGAAACUACCUUUGUCUGUCCCUCUUACUGGUUAGCUUCCGCAUAUCCCCAAGCCUGGAAAUACGAGUUCAGUGUCCCCCCAUCGCAGCACGGAGGAGAUUUGAAUGCAUAUUAUGCUGUAAACCGUGAAUACAUCGGCUUCGGAACACUAUCUCCUGGCUUCCGUAUCGCUGUGGAAAAGAUAUGGGGGAGAUUUAUCAUUUAUAACGAUCCAACACUACCUAGCGAUGUCAUUACCUCUAUCACAACUCUUGGGAAUGGCACACAGAUCGGAGAUAAUAUCUCCGCAGCAGGGGCUGGUUUAUGGCCACAAUGGCAAACUGAUGGCUACGGUGCAUAUCAGAUGUUGAAAUUGAAUAUGACUGGAGGACAACCGAAAGAGGUUGCAUGGACAACGGCAGAUGGAUUGAGUUUGAAUGUAGCAGAAAAUAUAGGGUCGGGAUUGGAAGCUGAUUUAGCAAUCGUGAAUGCUUACGAUUGGGAAGGGGGAAGGGGAGCAAGAUGUGAUUUCUGGGCGAAUAUCGGAAGUGAAGUACCAGAAUAG